AUGGCCAACAAUACUGAUUUAGCUGCUGCUAUUCGCCUCUUGGCGGAGAAACUGACUCAGGAAAGGGUUGAACGUCCUGAGACUGCUGGAGAAAUGUUCGAAAGAUUGGCCAAAGAUGAGGCUGGCCUAUGGUGGAGAGAAAAUGGUGCUAGACUGAGUGCCGCUGAAGGAUUCAAUUGGGAAGCAUUUGUGUGUGACAAAAACCAUCCUGGAAGAGAUUGCAAGGGAGAUUUGGUGAGCUGUAACUAUUGCCAGAAGAAGGGCCAUAGGGAGUAUGAGUGUUUCUCCAAGCACUGUAAAGAUCUGAAGACUCAAGGAAUCGGUAACCAGGUUAGAUCAGGGUCCAACCAGUUAGGGAACCAGAGUCCUAAUCCUGGAGGUCAGCAGAAUAACCAAGGGAGCUAUAGUAAGCCUGCGAAUGAGAAUCCUAACCAGAAUAAGCCUGCGGGAAAAAUGUUCGUGAUGAGUCGUAACGAAGCUGAGAGAUCUGCUGAUGUGGUUACUGGUAAAUUUUCUAUUCAUUCAGUCCUUGUUAAAACGCUAUUUGAUUUGGGGGUGACUUAUUCUUUUAUAUCGUCUUCUUUCCUAAAGAGUCUGGGGUUAGUAGAAUUCGAACCAAUUGACUUGUCUAUUAGUAUUCCUACUGGCGAAGUCAUAAAGUGUAUAAAGCUGUUUAAAAACCUUUCUUUGAAGAUAGGAGGGUGUGUCUUUCCGUCUGGCUUAAUUGAAUUCAACUUGGGAGAUCUAGAUGUGAUCCUUGGGAUGAACUGGUUGAGUCUGUACAAAGGCUAA